AGAACGAGUCCCCACGACUACAAGGGAACCCCCUCGAGCACAGACGAGAGUCGUGCGUGAGGCAAGUCCGCUCGUCGAGCUAACGGGUUCAAUGUCCGGUUCGGCUGCGAGGACCGGCUUGAGACCUCCUGGCUUCUUUUUCAAAAUCUUCCAACCCUACUUUCCCUCAAAGCUGAACAGUGUCUCUCUCUCUCUCUCUUGCCUCUCACCGUCGCGCCACUCAGACACCGCACUUUGCGUCACUGACUAGCUCUGACCGCCACCGCCUCCGCAUCUCCGCCGUUUUCACCGCCUUCCGCCGCCAAAGUUUCAACCUUUUUCCGUAUCCUGCAAUACUGUCCCCGCCGGCGGCCGCCCUGCACGAUCACCAGUGUUGAUUGUUCUGAUAGGAGCUUCAUAGCUGCAAUGGCCACUUCGUGCUCAUUCUCCGCGUGUAAGUUAACGGAGCUUCAGUACCCCCAGAAAGCUGCGAAUUCCCUUCAGAGCUCAUUCUCGAAUAGGUUCUUUCCUGCCAAGUCAGCUCCUUUAUCCUCUGGCCUGAUGAAAUGUAUGCCAACAUUGACCGGAAACCGGGGGUGUAGUGUCCGCUGCUCUGUGCUCGAGACCCGCAAUCCCGUUUCAAUUUCGGCGGGAAAGAACUUUCAGCUCGAAGAUGUGAUCGAGGCUCAGCAGUUCAACCGGGAUAUUCUCAGUGCUACAUUCGAGGUGGCACGAGAGAUGGAGAACAUCGAGAAGAACUCGCUGGGUAGCCAAGUUCUCAAGGGCUAUCUGAUGGCUACCCUCUUCUACGAGCCCUCCACGCGAACUAGGCUCUCAUUCGAGUCUGCUAUGAAACGGCUGGGUGGUGAAGUGUUGACUACCGAGAAUGCAAGAGAGUUUUCAUCGGCUGCAAAGGGAGAAACACUUGAAGAUACAAUAAGAACUGUGGAGGGAUACUCCGAUAUCAUUGUUAUGCGGCAUUUUGAAAGUGGCGCUGCCAAAAGAGCGGCGGCUACUGCAGGAAUCCCGAUUAUUAAUGCAGGGGAUGGUCCUGGGCAGCAUCCAACUCAGGCUCUGCUAGAUGUGUACACAAUUGAAAGGGAGAUCGGGCAACUAGAUGGUAUUAAAGUUGCACUGGUAGGAGAUCUUGCUAAUGGUAGGACAGUCCGCUCGCUUGCCUAUUUGCUUGCCAAGUACAAGGAUGUAAAGAUAUAUUUCGUCUCUCCUGAUGUUGUCAAAAUGAAGGAUGAUAUAAAAGAUUAUUUGACAUCAAUGGGAGUGGAAUGGGAAGAGAGCUCUGACCUACUUGAGGUGGCUUCUAAGUGUGAUGUUGUUUAUCAAACUCGAAUUCAACGGGAACGAUUUGCAGAGAGGCCUAACCUUUAUGAGGCUGCUCGGGGCAAGUAUAUCGUAGACAGGGGUGUUCUCAAUGCAAUGCAGAAGCAUGCAGUGGUUAUGCACCCGCUCCCAAGGCUUGACGAGAUCACUGUGGACGUAGAUGCAGACCCAAGGGCAGCCUAUUUCAGACAAGCAAAGAAUGGUCUGUACAUAAGGAUGGCUCUACUGAAGCUUCUCCUCAUCGGCUGGUGAAGUAUUGAAUAUUCGAUCCAUUCGAAAUUUCGUCAUCGAUAUAUUCUGGAAAUGGUUCUGACUAUCUUUUUUUUUGCUGAAUGGCUCUGACCAUCUAAAUAUUUGUAAUUGAGGCCUACUGCUAGAACUCCUGUCAUAUGUCAGGGAACGUCAUGGAAUUAUUAUUAUUAUUUAUUUUAUUAUCAUUUUUUUGCACAUUUCAGACCAAACUGGAUGGGCUGAGUCUGUGUAAAGCAAUUUUUGAUGCCCAAAGAGGCCAGUUACUUGUUUAUUAA